GGUGCACAUGCAAUACCGAUCGUUACCCAGAGAAGCAGGAUCGUCAGAAGUGCGGUGGUAGUAGCGUCGCGGUGCGCCGUUCGCGUCGCCGCAAAGCUUUGAUAUUAUCGGCAGUCAUCCGUUUGAAGCUAUUCGAAACCAACAUGUUUCGUGGGCAUAAAACGAUCCCAGCCGGCACCCCCAGCGUAGCAAAAUAUAAAUACACCGAGAGUUGGCGUCUUUAUUAAUAGUAAGCAUAAGUACUUGGCUAUCGCGCGGUAGAAAGGGUGCGUUUUAUGUUGGCAUGUGACGUGAAAUCGAACUAUUGACAAGACUGCAGUGCGCAGUGCGAAAUCAAUGAAAAAUACGUCUGUUUCCUGCGGUGGCGUUGUGAAGAGACGCUGGUGAUGGGACAAGGCGCGCACCACGGCGCCGGCCGGUGACCCUGAGGAAUGUUCAUCCCCGAUUCGCUGCGUAGCUGCAUGGUGGAGCCCGAUGUAUCCUCGUACCUGCAGACGCCGUCCUCGGGACAGGACGAGUUCCACCCCUUCAUCGAGGCGCUACUGCCUUUCGUCAAGUCCUUCUCUUACACGUGGUUCAACCUACAGGCGGCUAAAAGAAAAUAUUACAAAAAACACGAGAAACGAAUGUCCCUGGAGGAGGAACGUCAGUGUAAGGAAGCUCUGCAGAACGAAAAAUCCGAAGUUAAACAAAAGUGGGCAUCGCGACUUUUGGGAAAGUUACGCAAGGACAUUACACAAGAGUGCCGCGAGGACUUUGUGCUAAGUAUUACAGGCAAAAGACCUGCAGUGUGUGUCUUAUCAAAUCCUGAUCAAAAAGGCAAAAUGCGCCGCAUAGACUGUUUACGACAGGCAGAUAAAGUGUGGCGUCUCGAUCUUGUCAUGGUCAUCUUGUUCAAAGCCAUCCCCCUCGAAAGUACGGACGGCGAACGUUUAGAGAAAAACCCCGACUGUUCGCAACCGGGAUUAUGCGUUAACCCCUAUCACAUUAACGUGUCCGUUCGAGAGCUGGAUUUAUAUCUCGCUAAUUUCAUCAACAGUCACGAUAUACUAAGCGGAAUUAGUUAUAACAAUAACAAUAACACCAAAAAAGAAGACGAACGAAAAAAUAAAGGUAGGAAGAAGGGGGUAUCAAGCAUUCAAAAUUUUCUCCUAAUUUUUAUUAAGCACUUUGAUCAGUUCAAAAUGAUUGCAAAAAUUAACCUCUUCAAAAAUCGACAACUAAAUGGCGUAGUUGUGGACCAUUCGUUACGCGCUUCUGGCGAUAGGAUAGCCCUUGUUUUGGGUGAUUAAAACCGCUAUAACUAACUCAUAUUUUUGAUUACUUAGUGAAAGUAAUUAGAAAAAUAAAACAACUUUUUUUUAUUUCCCACAGGAAAGGGUUCCAUUAGAAUAUGGAAAUUCAUUUUACUAUUUUUAUUGAUUUAAUCACUAUCAGGGUACGCAAAUCCAUCAUUAAAUCUCAGUUUCACCACCUGUUAAAUUUAAGCUGGUAACGAUUAAUCAUUACAUUCAUAAAAUGCGACUGCUACAUUGGAAAAUAAUGUAAGAACGAUAGAAAACUAAAUUUUUUUAACCUUACACAAAUGUAUACAUAAAGACCUCGUAAAAAACUAUACGGAAGUUAAUUCACAGUGUAGAACUUCACGUAAAAGGGGAUUGGAGGAAAAAUUUAGCAGUGGCAGUGGCAAAUUGAACAUGUCGGGCCAGUCUGAAAAUUGCUUUCGCGGAUUGUUUUUAGUGCACUUUCACUUUCAAAAAAUAAAAAGUGCACUUUUGCGCUCCUGAUGAUGUCUGUCUGUCUGAGUCACAAAGGCUCCUUACUUACAGACUUCGUAUUAGUGCCAUUCGAUCAGAAAUUAAAAAUUAUUUCAUGUUUGUAUUCUCGUUAAGGCACGAAAUGUCCAUAAGGGCUAUUAAAAUCGAAAAAACAAGCUCA